AAAGUACUGAUUUACAAGCGGUUCAUAGGAGAGAAGCAGUUCAAAAACCUUCUCAGCAUCUGAACUAGCAGUUCAAAAACCUCUUCGAUCGGUAUCUGAAGGGAUGACAAGGUAAAUUCGUUUUCUCUCAAAAUAAUUGUCUUUUCCACUCUUUUGCAGUCAGUUGGUUUUUAAUGGGCAGUUAAAAUUAUAUUUCUUAGAUAUUUCCAUACCGUCUUUUAUGGAGGUACAUUGUUUUUUUUCAGAAAAAAUUCUUUUAGCUCUAUUGUUGUAAUACUGAAAGCUUUGAGCUUGUAUGCGUAUGUUGGUUGGCUUCCUUGGUUUGGGCCUGGGGUCCUUAAAUCACGCUGUGAUUUUUUGGAUUAAUCUAGGUUAGCAUGUGAAAAUCUCCUCAUAAAUCAAUCUUACUUUACAUCAACAUUCCAUUCAUCCUUCAUACAUGAUAGUAAAUUUUACCAUCAGAGAAGGGUGUAUUGGGUACUAUAAUGUAGCAACCAUGAAAUAUGUUCAACAAAUUGUGCCUUUCAAAGUAAAUAAUGUCUAUUUGACAAUUUAAAAAUCCUAAGAUUUUUAUAAACCAAUUGUCACAUGAAGAGGAAAAAACCGAUUAUACAAGUAGUGAUAAUAUGAGUGAUGCACUAUUGUACUUUGGUAACAUUAAAAGAUGAUAUAGUUACUUUUAAUAUACAAUUUCAUAUUUGGCCAAAAAUAAAUUAAGCAUGUGAUUUGAUGAAUCUAGUAGCAAAAGCCAGAAGAAUUAUGAUUACAAACAUGGGAUGUUUCUUGUGCAUAUGUGAGUUAAGAAUAAUGGCAACAGCUAAAAGUGGAAAAUUAUUAUUUUAAUAGCAUAAUGCUUGUGAAAAGGGAUACUGGAAAAAUAAAAAAUAUCUAAUAGCUGUUAUAUCUCAUAAAAAACUCGUUCAUAAAAAGCUCGAAAUGAAAAGCUUUCCUUAGCAGCACCCAGUACGCACCUAGUGGAUCAAGUAACUUUGGCUAUAUGUUUUCAAAAGUAUCAAUUUGGUCAGGUCUAUGUUGAUUUUGUGCUUUUCACGCAAGCUUGGGUUAAGACUUGUAUGAAAAGGAGAGAUUGAUGAGGAAAUCAAUAUGACUUUUUGAAGAAGCUAAUUAAUGAUUUGCAAUUUUAUGUUCAACUUUCUGUUAUAGUUUCCUUUUGCAUCAUUGAAUAAAUUUUCUGAAUUUUAAUAUAUUUUUUGCUAAAACAGUUGUAGUAUAUUAGUUGAUUCAUCAUGCCCAUAUUUGACUUUUCUUCUCCCAUCCCAUUUGUAAAAAACGUUGAGCAAAUUCGUGCCAUUAAUUUCAAGGAAGACAUUCUCCUUGCUAGGGGCCAUUCUGAUGCAGUCUUAUGGUGGAAUUUGAUUGAAACAUCAAGUUAGCCAUAGUUGAAGGUACAGCUUUCAAAGUUAGUUUCUAUGCCUUUAAAUGUGUGAUAUUGCUUUCUAAGUGGUUGCCCUAUGUGAUUUGUCUGGAAGAGUUAAGUAGCAGACAUGCUAAUGAGGGGAACAGCCUGAGAGCAGAUUCUCCAAAGGUGUCUAUCAACUUAGUUCUAUAGUGGGAUAGAAAGAGGCAAGCUUUUUGUGAUGGGAACUCAUUUAUCUUUGAAGCAUGAAUCAUGGGCCUAACAACAAACAUCAUAACAUGAGAUAGAAGGAAGCAAGCUUUUUGUGAAAGGAACUCAUUUAUCUUUGAAGCAUGAAUUAUGAGCGUAAUGACAAAAAUCAUAACAUAAGCUACUGUUUAAAACAUAUUCACAUGAACACCAGAUUACUUAAUCAUAAAACCCUCACUUGCCAUUUGUUCAUUACAAAGAUGCACCUCGUGCUUAUAGGGUAAAGAAAAGAUAUUUAUGCUAUUCUUGAAAAAUGUGAACAAAAUUCUAUUCUUGAAAAUUAUAUACUGUUGUGUAUUAGAGAAGGGAAUCAGUAGCUAGGCUCCUACUACUGAACAGAGUAGUGCAAAUCCAAUACACACUUCUCCCGUAGUGCAAACCCAAUACCUAAUCUAGUCAUUGUUUACCGGCCUUUCCAAGAUUCUUACAUGCCAUAUGCUUGAAAGAUGAUAAGAAGCCAAAAGCAAGUUAGUUAUGUUUUGUUAUUAUAGAAAACUACAACUUAUGAAAUGCAUGGAUUAUGUUUUUUCAUCUCCUUCACAUCCCAGCUCAAUGAAUGCUUUACCAGUUGUGUUGGCUCAGAGUUUUAAAAAACUUAUCAGGCAGAUCUAAAAGAAUUCCAAAUUAAGAGCAUUUUUUUUUCUAUAUAUCAGAAAGCUUUGUAUAUAACCUGAUUUGGAUAGAAUGUGAACUAUAAAUGCAUUAGUUAAAAAGAAGCACCUCAGCGCUCCGUAUGAUUUCCACGAAUUGAUGGAACCGCAUACGAUGUCUCAAUUCCUUAGAAGGUACAGUAUGAAACUUUAAUCCUUUAAAUACUCGGUAUUUAUUAUUUAACUAAUAUUGCUUCUUUUUGUGCAUACUAGGUAGCAACAUGCCGCGAGGAAAACGAUUCAGAGAUGUUGAGUUUCAGCACACACCGUGGGAUCUUCUUCCGAUCAGUCCCUACGAUCCCAGCAGCCCGACGAGCUCUAGCAGCACGAGUCUCAGUCUGAGCACGUGCCACCUGUUGAUUGUCCAGACAUGGAUGACGUGCACAUCCAGGGUAAUUUGAUUUACAUUUUUUAUAUUAAUUUUUCUUACAAUCCAUGGAUAUUUUAUUUUAUUUUUAUAGAUGGACUGGGGAGAGUGAGGAGGACACGAGGACCCACUCGAGCACAGGUGUGGAGCCUACGUGAGGAUGAGAAGAUCGUCGUCCAAUGCAAUGAACUGGGGCAGCCUAUCAAGAGGGCUGCAAGCAUUUUAUCGACUUUUCUGGGAUCAGUUGCGCGGAAGGGUCAGUUGUGUCCGCUCAACUAUACGAAAUGGAAUGAAAUGCUUCCUUCAUAUAAGGUUGAGCUUCUUAAAGUUAUUGAGGUAAAGAAUUGAAUUUGGUUACUAUCACAAUUUUAUUUUUUGAUUUAUCAUUGUUAUAACAUUCUUGACUUUGGUGUAGAAAAAGUUUGUCCUUCCUGUAAAUAGCCAUGAUUAGGUGCUGAAGUCCGUCAACCGCAAAUGGAAAGAAUAUAAGGCGAAGCUAAAGGCGGACUGGAAGCACGUGGGCAUGACUAAAGAGGAGGUGGCCCGUGUUUGUCCUCUUGAUGUAAUCCCUCAUCAAUGGAGGGAGCUUGUCCACUACUGGUUUUCAGAGAAAGCUCAGAUAUAUUUCAACAUUGGUAGAGCUGCACGAGCCUCUCAGACUGUUCCUCAUACUUCAAGCUCGAUGAGUUAUGCUAGGCGUAGAGCUGAAUUUAUGGAUGAUAAUGGGAGGAAGCCGGGUAAGGUGGAAUUUUAUAAGAUAACUCACACCCACCGAGAUGGUAGUUUUGUUCGGAAGGAGGCAAGAGAUAUAGUUGACAGGGCAACAACUCUUAUUUCAGAGCGUGUCAGGGAGUCAUCAUCAUCCGACGCGAUCAGUCAUGUUGAAGCUCAGGUGCUCGCCGAAUUAUUGGGCCUAGAGCGUUAUGGUCGAGUGAGGGAUUAUGGCGUUGGAGUUACCCCCACUCAGUUGUCUGCAGUGGGAAUGUAUACAAGAAAUGCUGGAGAAGGUAGUAGCAAUGCAGAAGUUAGUAGACUUCGGACAACAAUUGAAGAUAUGAAGGAUCGCCAUCAGGCAGAGUUGGCAGAGCUGAAGCAGAACCAGCAAAGUUUGCUGUCUCAGCUUGAGCAUAUUUCAUCUAUGUUGCAGCGAUUUCUCCCUCCUCAGAUUUCUAAUACUUCAACAGCUCGUAGAGAUGAUGAUGGUACUGAAUCUGGUCCCUGAUAUUUUUGAGACUGUUAUCUAAGGAGUUUUAUAUGUAUCUUUCUUAUAUUUUU